CGCCCCGCCCGGUCACCCAGGGCGGCGGAGCAAAGUCCGCCAUCUGCGACGGGAGAGCCUCGGCGGCGGCGGCGGCGGGAUGUGCGCUCCGGGCCGGGUCCUGCUGUGGCUGCAGCUCUGCGCCCUGACUCGGGCCGCCUACAAACUUUGGGUCCCCGACACCUACUUCGAUACGGCCUCCAACUGGAUCCAGAACCGGACCCCGUGCGCGGGCGAUGCGGUCCAGUUCCCGGCGGACAAGAUGGUGUCGGUCCUGGUGCGAGACAGUUACGCCAUCUCGGACAUGCUCCUGCCGCUGGACGGGGAGCUCGUCCUGGCCUCGGGAGCCUCAUUCAGCGCCGCAGGAGUCGGCUCGGACCCGGCUUGUAACUCGGGCGCCCCGUUGCUCUUCCGAAAUCCCGACCGCUUCUCCUGGCUUGACCCACACCUGUGGAGCUCCGCGGCCCAGGAGAGCGGCUUCUUCUCCGUGGACGCCGAGCGCGUGCCAUGCAGCUACGACGACGUCCUCUUCCCGCGCGACGCGUCUUUCCGCGUGGCGCUCGGCCCGGACCCCAACCCGGUGCUCGUCCGCAGCGUCUCGGCCGUGGGCCAGACGUUCACGCGCGACGAGGACCUGACCGCCUUCCUGGCGUCCCGCGAGGGCCGCCUGCGCUUCCACGGGCCGGGCGCGCUGCGAGUGGGCGCCCAGGCUUGCACCGACGCGUCGGGCUGCGUCUGCGGCUACCCCGAGACACUGCCGUGGAUCUGCGCAUCUCUGCUGCAGCCCCUGGGCGGCCGCUGUCCCCAGGCCACCUGCCGCGACCCCUUACUGCCGCAAGGACACUGCUGCGGCCUCUGCGGAGCCAUCGUGUCGUUGGCCCACGACCCCACAUUUAACCUGGAGCGGUACCGAGCGCGGCUGCUGGACCUCUUUCUGAAGCAGCCCCAAUACCAGGGGCUGCAGGUGGCUGUGUCCAAGGUGCUGCGCGACGCCCGCACCGAGAUCCAGGUGGUGCUGGUGGAGACCCGGCCCGAGGCAGGCGCAGCGGGACGACUGGGCCACGCGCUCCUGCAGGACGCGGUGGCACAAGGCGACGCGCUCGGCAUCCUGUCCGCCACCCUGCGGCACUCGGGCGGGCCGGCGCAUGGAGGCUCCGCGCUGGAUCGGGAAGGGUCCGGCGCCUGGAUGGCGGGCGGUGUGGCCGUCCUGGUGCUGCUGGCACUGCUGGGGACCAUGCUGCUGCUGCUGCACCGCAGCGGGAGGCUCAGGUGGAGAAGGCGUGAUGAGGCUGAGCCCGCCGCAUCUGCUGGGCUGCCGCUGGGUUUCCGCAACCCGCUUUUCGACGUGAUGGUCUUCAAGCAGCAGCCGCAGCCCUCGGUGGAGCAGCUGGGCUCUGCCCAGAAGGCGGACACUGACACCAGCUUCAGCUACUUCGUUAACCCACUCUUUGCGGGGGAGGCAGAGGCAGAGGCCUGACCGUCCCCUGGGAGAGUGAGUACCGGGCCUCCAACCUGCAGACUGUUCACCCCCUCUGAGACCACGACUUCUCUCCGGACAGCAAGGACAGGCCUACCUCGUCCAAUAAAGGUUGUUUGUUUUUCUAA